GGAGGAGCUGUCUCUUUCCAAAGAGGAGAACGAGAGACUCCAGGAACUACUGGACGCUGUUUUACAGCCUGAGCUUCGGGUACACAGAGCAGAUGUCCAGCUGCUGGAGGUGGUUAAAGAAGAGGUUCUCCCUGACCAGCAGGAGUUGAGCACCAGUCUGGACCAGGAGGACCCAGAGCCCCUCCCACACAUUAAGCGGGAACAGGAGGAACUCAGGAUCAGUCAGGAGGGAGAGCAGCUUCAUGAGCUGGAGGAGGCUGAUAUCACCAAGUCCACUUUCACUCCUGACCCUGUGAAGAGUGAAGAUGAUAAAGAGAAACCUCAGUCCUCACAGCCUCAUCAAAGACAAACGGAACACAUGGAAACAGAAGCUGAUGGAAAUGACUGUCGAGGACCAGAACCAGCCAGGAACUCAGAUUCAGAGAGCAGUUUACACCCAAAGACUGAGGACGACACUGGAGACUCUUCUGAACCUGACUCUGGAGACUCUUCUGAACCUGACACUGAAGACAGUGCCGAUUGGAAAAAGACCAGAGAACCUGCGUCAGACACAAACUCACUGAAAAAUAGACAUGAAUCUGUCAGUGAUUCAAGCCGUAGUGCUGCAAAUAAACCAUUCAGCUGCUCAGUCUGUAAGAAAGCUUUUUCACAGAGUAGGAAUGUAAAGGCACACAUGAGAAUCCACACAGGAGAGAAACCAUUUAGCUGCUCAGUUUGUGAGAAAGCUUUUUUGCGGAGUGCACAUUUACAGGCACACAUGAUAAUCCACACAGGAGAGAAAUCACACAGCUGCUUAGUCUGUAAGAAAGCUUUUUCACAGAAUAUAGACUUAAAGAGACACAUGAGAAUCCACACAGGAGAGAAACCACACAGCUGCUCAGUCUGUAAGAAAGCUUUUUCACAGAAUACAGAUUUAAAGAGACACAUGAAAAUCCACACAGGAGAGAAACCACACAGCUGCUCAGUCUGUAAGAAAGCUUUUUCACAAAAUACAGAUUUAAAGAGACACAUGAAAAUCCACACAGGAGAAAAACCCUUUAGCUGCUCAGUUUGUACCAAAUAUUUUGCAUUGUGUGGAAAUUUAAAAAAACACAUGCGAAUCCACACAGGAGAGAAACCACACAGCUGCUCAGUCUGUAAGAAAGCUUUUUCACAGAGUGGAAAUGUAAAGACACACAUGAGAGUCCACACAGGAGAGAACAUAUACAGUUGCAAUGUUUGUGACAAAAUAUUUAAAUGGCGUAAUGAUUUCAAAAGACACAAGUGUGAUGGUUGUCAGUCCUCACAGCUUAAUGAAAUUCAAACAGAGGAUAACGGAGAGGCAGAGCCUCCAAUCAGCAGCUCAGCUGAACACAUGGAAACAGAAGCUGAUGGAGGACAAUGAAUAAGUCUUAUGACAGUUCACACAUGAGAAAAAUCUGUCUGACUGGAUUAACAAUGUUGCACACUAUUCCUAUGAGACAUAAAUGAACUCCAUCUUUAUCAAUAUAAGUGGACAAUAUGUUUAAUGUUUUUGUCAUACUGAUUUUCUGAUGUAUACGUUAACCACUGACUGUUGAUGAACCAUUGUAUUUUGGAUUGAGGGCUCCAAGUUUCCAUAUAGAGAUAUAGGAUGAUUUGGUGUAUUGCUCUUUAUUUCUAAAUGUUUUGUAUCAUUGCUAUCCUGUUAAUGAGCCCUGUUUUACAUAAAUGUACCUGUUAUCUGAUUGUUUUUGCUUCUGUAACUGUAAGGGAAUACAUUUGCCUAUUUUGUAUCCUGAUGACCUAAUGCCGUUACAUGUAAUACGUUACUCCCUAAGCCUGAUUUCACCCACCUGCAACCGAUUCGCUAAUAAUCACAAAUGUUCAUUUCUUUGACCCCUUGAUUAGACUAUUUCUUGUUUAAUAAUCGUUACAUCUCCUCAGGACCAAGUUCCCGUGUCCUGCCUUUCACCUGCUGAUCACCCACUGCUCAUUUAAGGUGGACUGACCUUUACAAUGGACCAUCCAGUUCAACUGUCAUCCACAUAUUAAUGAUUCAAAACAGCAAUGUGUAAGAUAUGGCUAGUAAUUGACUAUUUCAACAGAAUGUAAAGGGGUUACAGUCUUGAGGCCAUGUCCAAUAUGUUUGUGUUUUGUUUGAUUAAAUCGACUGAAA